GCACAUGUUGGAGGUUUUUUAUAUGAAACAAUCAUUCUACCAUGAUGUAAAACAAGACCAUCACCCCUAGCCCUUUAAAGAGAUUCCUAAAAUGUUGUUUAACUAUACGUAUUUAUAGACUAUAAAUAAAUCCAUAACAAGUCGACAAAAGUUUCAAACAAAUGAGCACCCUUACAAGAGUGUAUUAUAAUCUCCAUACUAAAAAUGUUACAUCAUUAUUUAAAAAAUCAUUUGUUAUUAUAUAUAUUCAUUCAACAAUUACCUUUCAAAAGUAAAGGGUAUGGAAUUGUAUAUAAUGAAAUUUUAAUGUUUUAGAAUUAUCCAGGACAUCAUCUUCAUUGACCCUGAAAAGUGCCAGAUUUUAAUUAUUUAUUUAGAGGAACGUAUAAGAAGCAGCAGAUCAUUCCCAAUUUAAUUUGCAAAAAACACGAUGAAAUUCUGCAAGAAAUACCAGGAAUACAUGCAAACGCAAGAUCAGAAGAAAUUACCUGCUGUGGGUUUUAAAAAUCUCAAGAAGAUCUUGAAGCGCUGCCGUACUGAUACAAUUCUUUCACAGAAUUCUCGUCGAUCACAAUCGCCGUCGCCUCUUAACGAUUCUCCUCACGGCAGCUCUGCAAUUUGUCCUCAUCAUUGCGCUGUGUGCGAUGGAACUUUCUUUCCUUCACUUUUCAAAGAAAUGUCAGAAGUGGUUGGAUGCUUUAACAAGCGUGCACAGAAACUGCUUGAUGUGCAUCUAGCGACAGGGUUUCGCAAGUACUAUGUUUGGUGCAAAGAUAAGUUACAGGGUAAACAUGGUGCUUUGGUCAAAGAAGGCAAAGACCUCGUCAGUUACGCAAUUAUCAAUGCCAUUGCUAUGCGUAAAAUUCUCAAGAAAUAUGACAAGAUACAUUACUCAAAGCAUGGGCAAGCGUUUAGGUCACAAGUACAAAGCAUGCAUAUGGAUAUAUUACAGUCUCCAUGGUUGUGUGAACUUAUUGCGUUUCAUAUUAAUUUGAGGGAAAGAAAGGGAAAGGGUAUUCGUUCUUCUGAGUUAUUCGAGGGUUGUUCUCUUGUGUUCAAUGAGGGAAAGCCGUCACUUUCAUGUGAGCUCUCUGAUACCUUGAAACUUGAGAUUGGUUUGACUUGUUCUAUAUGCUUGGACACUGUAUUUGAUUCAGUGGCUCUUACUUGUGGGCACAUCUUCUGCUACAUGUGUGCUUGCAAGUCUGGCUCAGUAACAAUUGUAGACGGAUUAAAAGCAGCAGAACCAACAUCAAAAUGUCCUCUUUGUCGAGAGGCAUGAGUUUAUGAAGGAGCUCUUCAUUUAGAUGAGCUGAACAUUCUACUAAGUAGAAGUUGUCCUGAAUAUUGGGAAGAAAGACUAAAGAACGAAAGAGUAGAAAGAAUUCGCCAAGCAAAGGAGCACUGGGAAUCCCAAUCACGUGCAUUUCUUGGAAUUUAAGUGCAGGAUUUUCACCACAACCCCUUGAAUAACUAGCCUCAGUUACUAAUCGUUGUGCACAGAUGUUGUUUCAUUUUAACUUUUUCAAACAUGUAUUUGUAUUUUGUAAUUUUGACAUCAUAAGAUUAAAAAAGUUAAUAAUAGUUGCAUAUAUUACCCGAAAA